ACGUUAAAAGUCAGUCUAUUGGCCGAUGAAAAUGACGAGAUUUACUGCGGAAUCAAUAAGGGUGUUAAAGGUGAACGCUCAGUUUCUGGCGGCACAUAUAAAGUGACUUUAAAACUGCUUGAUAUGAGUGGUCAGAGAGCGGGCCGUAUAUUACACGGCAAUACUUAUAUAUUGAGGGCACAAUUCACACCAUAUGAUAGCAUAACAUCUUUACGUAUAAAAAACUGUUUCGCAUUCACUGAUGACACGGGCGCCGGAGAUCAGGUCCAACUGAUCGACCCGUACGGGUGUCCGGCGCCUGCGGCCGACGCCCUGAUCUCGCCCUUCAACUACAACACCACACAUACAGCCGAAGCCGUAUUGUAUGAGAUGUUUAAAUACCCGGACACUAAUCAACUGAACAUACAGUGCGACCUAUACUGUGUCGGGGCGGCUGUCAGGAGCCGGUGUGCGACUCACCCGGUUAGAAGGGCAGGGAUU